UCCCCGGAGUUGUUAUUCAAGGGUUUGACUCUUAUCUGAACUUAACAUGCAUGUUUUGGGAAUGGGUGAAGAAAUGGGAGACUUCCCACACAGGGAGCUUCAUUUUAGAGUUGGACCCAGAUACUCAAAAUCGCGGGGCAGACUCCACCCCACCAGUCCCACCGUGCCGCCUCCGUAACCCGCCCUUAUAAUGAAAUGAUUAACGAUAAAAAAAGAAUCCAACGUGCAGGUGCUUAUAUAUGCCCCUGCUUGCGUUGAGCCAGCCUCCCUUCUCCAUCCCCCCACCCCCUGCGUGUUUCUAUAGUAAUUUCCAGCCAAUGAUCAGUAGGUGUCCGCAUCUCCGCGUCCUCACCUCAGCACCAAUCAGCCACACACAGCGACAAGCGGCGGCGGUGGAGCCAGCGAGCAGGCAGGCAGGCAGGCAGGCAGGCGGAGAGACGCGCUCAUACACACUCCACAAAGCCCGGGAUCAGGACGCAACAGCAACUCCCACUCCUCCAACGAGACCGUCGUUAUUUUGAACAGAGGUGGGGGGGCUGGACAAAAACACGGUUUCUGCACUUUUUUUUUCCUUUUUGCCUUUUUUUUGGUUUUUGUUGUUGUUGGUCUUUUUGGUAUCAAAGUCACUACCAACAGGAAGAUGGCUCUUUUGUUUUGAGCGCGUUUUGGAGUCUGAGCGUAUCUUCUUCUGUUUUUCUUUGCCACCCCCCCCCCCCAACCCCAGUCCUUCUUUCUUCUUUUACCACCUCCACGCUGCGCUCCACGCAUCUCUCGGCGGUAAUGUGCGCGUGCACAGCCGCAGGCUGCUAACGCCUCGGGAGCUUCUCUCAACGGGAACCUGCGCCAGACGAGUUCGUCCAGGAUGCUACGACGCUGUUGGUAAGCAGCCGGAGUUCGACAAAGGCCCGAGUCACCUCGCUCGGACCCCCUUCUUCGUCCUUUAAACGCCGACAAGCCCUCCCUCAACCAUGGCGAACCUAAGCAGCGCGCUUUGCAUCGAAAAUGGACAAAACGCGGACGUGUCGCUCUUACAAAAGGAUAAUCUUCAAGACGGUGGAUUAAGCCAGCUUUUGGAUUAUAACGCCGAAAUGGAAAGGUACCGAUCUUUUGCAAACUUUUACAAAACCAACGGGGCCUUCCCGCAGGCGGCCAAGAUCGCCCGCAUCACCACGCCCAUUUUCCCCAGCGCCAGGAUCGGCAUGUCCCCUUGGAACUGCGAUAACGCCAUGCUUUGGGGGAGGAAAUCGGCGGCAAUAAACCCUAAUAGGACCAGCAUGCAUAGAAAUGACUCCCAGAGGCCGGGUAAGCCUGGCGUGCCGCCCGAGACGCUGCAAAUGGCAAAUAAUAAUUUCCUCUCUACCUUAUCCCCCGAACACUGCAGACCUUUAGCGGGAGAAUGCAUGAACAAGCUGAAAUGCGGCGCCGCCGAAGCAGAGAUAAUGAAUCUCCCCGAACGCGUUGGAACUUUUUCAGCCAUUCCGGCUUUAGGGGGCAUCUCAUUACCUCCCGGGGUCAUCGUCAUGACAGCCCUUCACUCCCCCGCAGCCUCGGCAGCCGUUACAGACAGUGCGUUUCAAAUUGCCAAUCUGGCAGACUGCCCACAGAAUAAUUCCUCGGCAUCCAGUGGAAACCCGGCAAAGAAGAAGAGGAAAAGGUGCGGGGUGUGCGCGCCCUGCAGGCGGCUAAUCAACUGCGGUGUCUGCAGCAGUUGUCGCAACCGCAAAACGGGCCACCAGAUCUGCAAGUUUCGGAAAUGCGAGGAGCUGAAGAAGAAGCCGGGCUCGUCGCUGGAGAGGACGCCGGUCACUAAUGGCGAAGCGUUUCGGUGGUUCUUCUAGAGACGCCGGCCGCCGUCAUCCAUCACCCGGCAGGAGGUCACGAUCGACCGUGGACCGUCUGCUCGGAGCACGUGACCCAAAGCGCCCCCACCCCCACCCCUCCCACCCCAAAUGCACACACACGUGCUCACACAACACCCCCCCCAAUACACACACACACACACACACAUACACACGUGGAGCGGAGGACGGAAUACAAAGCGGACGUAACGGACGGGACGGAGUUGUCAAAAACAUACUGGCUGUUGUUUCUUUUUUCGGUGUAAUUAUUGUACCUUUUGACAGUAUCAUAAUGUAUAUUUUUGGUGUCUUAUGAAUGUGUUUUCAGUGUUGGCGGCCGGGCGAGAAUGGGCCGCCGCCGAGCUCGUGUAAAGAAAGGACUUGAAAAAGGACAAUCUUUUUGGAACCACACAGACGCCGUCCCAACGGGAGGCGGUUUGACGAGAAACGCAACACACUUUACUCUGGAGCAAUAAUUAUUCAACCUCCUUUUUUCUCCCCCACCGAUAUCUCUUUUUUUCCACUUCCCAGGAAUCAUCCGGAAGCCAUUUCAGCAUCCACUUUUUUUUGUCUCGAUGAGGCAAGAAUGACACCCACCCUCCCCCACUCUCUUUUUUGUUGAGAUUUGUGAUGACUCGCCACAGUACAGGGCACAUUGUCUUGUGUGGUGUGUUGCACUUUAAAAAAAAAAAAAAAAAGACAAAACUGAGCAUUUAAUUCACUGGAGAGUUCCUGAUGGAAAAGUUUGGAGGUGUAUUUAAAUAAAAACGAAAAGAAAAAGAAUGGAUGUCAGCAGAGGCAUCGUCAUGAAACCCUUUCCCGUUUGACACCAAUGAAAGUACACUUAUACAUAUUGAACAUAUCAGGUGUUGUUCUGGAGCUGCAGGGGGGUCGUGGGGGGGCGGGGGCGGGGCUCGAGCGAUGCGCUCCAUUUUCACCCCCCCCCCCCCCCCCAAGUAUGAUCUAAUAAGGCUGGAUUCACACUGCUCGUCAAAAUGUGCACAAUUCCGAUUUCAAGCCUCGAUCCCUUUUUUUUUUCUGGACUAUUUCCAUGUACAUUUCAAGUGACUCCUGCACUUAUAUAAGGAAAUAACUUCACAAGCACCAACAUGGAAGUAACCACUCACUAAUUCAUGAAUAAUAUCCAUGUUCAACUUUAAAUUUAGUUUAGUUGGCCUUUGGCUAACUCUUCAUAGACUCUCAAGGUAGUAAGGGAAGAUGAACAUCUUUCUAAGUUUAGCCUGGGUUAAUAGCGGGAAUUUUUUUUUCAAGGUCAUCUGAAUGUCAUUUAUUUGAAAGAGUAAUAUAAGUUGAGUUUGAAAUAUUCUUUUGCUCUUGUAGUUUGUGAUAUUUUUUUAACCAUCAAUACACUAUUGGCAAAUUUUAAAAGGAUGCACGCACGUACGGUAUGACGGCAAGGUUACUUUGUCGGUAUAUCUGAUCUGUGUGUUUACGCUGCCCUCGCACUGGUACGUAUCCGAUACGUGUCCAUCUGUUUCGUUUGUUUUUUCCUGAAUUGUGCCACAAAUCGGAAUUGUCGCUUGAAGCGCGUGGUGUGAAUCCAGCCACGGUUCCUCAUUGUCCUGAACCCUGUUGUUGCAUGUGCAAAAUGUGUUUUUUCCGUUUUAAAGACGACUUAAGAAUUUGUAUAUUGUUGUUGUGAUGCUUUUAUGUGUUCUAAUAAAAUAACUUCAAG